AUGACAGCAUCUGUUCAGUACAUAAGAAAACUGCUGAUGAAAAGCAGCUGUGCGACAAGCAACCUGUUGAACACUGGACACAAAACACAGAAGAACACUAUUGAUUAUAAAACAAUCAGGAACAAAGAUGGAAAAAGUCAUAAAAGAAAUGUUGUGCAAUCCCAAGACGAGACAACAGAGCAGUAUAUAAGGAAAAGUGUCGUUUUAAGAAGAGAAGAAAAUGAAACUUUUGGGUUUGACAUCCAGACAAGCAGUGUUGAGAGAAGCAUCAGCGCUGAGCAGGAUUUGGGCUCAUGUGUGUGUUGGGUGAAGGAGAACAGUCUUGCAGAGAGUAGUGGGUUAAUGACGGGUGAUGUUAUUAUAACAGUCAACAAUGUGUACAUUGCUGGAUUCACUCAUCAGCAGAUCAAGGAUCUGGUUCAAAAAUCCUCCAUCUUAAUGUUGGAGAUUAUCAGAGGUGCUACAGAAAAGCAGAGGCAAUUGCUUAGGAAGCUUUAUCUCCUGCAGAAACAGCUUACAGAGAAAUGCGAAGAGCUUCAGACACUCAUCGCAGAGGAAGUGCAUCUGACAGGAGGUGUGUGUUCAUGUGUGAGAGCAAGACAGAGAGAUGUGGAAUUAGAAGCCAAACAACACUGUUCUCCAAACAAUGGGGAUGAAAUUCUCAUCAACUUUGCCACUGGGAAUGAGAAUGAGGCUGCGUCACACAAUGCCAGUAAAUUCCACUGA